CAAUCAUGUUUCGUGUCGAAGCUCCGCGCUUGUCUGGUCUGGUGUUGAGUUUGAUGGCAGCAAUCUUCAACGUUAUCUCUUAACAGAACAACCACUGUUGGUCUCCAAGUUGUUAAGAAACUAAAAACACUCGACUUUUGGUUCCGAACUGGGGACGGGCAACGGCGACGAUGAGGCUGUCGGAAGCUGUCGCGUCGGUCUGGUUGCUGUUUCUUGUGGCUCUGUCGGGCUUCGCCCAUGGAUUCGUGACGAGACGUGCUUUGCUCGACCGCUUGUCUGGAAAUAGCAAUUACUUAACCACUAAAGAACUCUGGUUCGAUCAGACUCUCGAUCACUUCUCCCCUUACGAUCAUCGUCAAUUUAAGCAGCGUUACUAUGAAUUCCUUGACUGCUUUCAAGUUCCUGAUGGUCCAAUUUUCUUAAAACUUUGUGGGGAAUCGUCGUGCAAUGGCAUAGCCAAUGACUAUAUCAGCAUUUUGGCAAAGAAGUUUGGGGCAGCUGUUGUUUCACUUGAGCAUCGUUACUAUGGGAAAAGCACUCCUUUUAAAUCGCAUACAACGGAAAAUUUGAGAUAUCUUUCAUCGAAGCAGUCGCUGUUUGACUUGGCUAUUUUUCGUCAAUGGUAUCAGGAAUCCUUAAACUUGAAGCUGAAUAAAACAGAUGCUGAGAAUCCAUGGUUUGUUUUUGGUAUUUCAUACUCCGGUGCUCUUAGUGCGUGGUUUCGUCUUAAGUUUCCUCAUUUAACAUGUGGAAGCCUGGCAAGUUCUGCAGUUGUUCUUGCUGUUUACAACUUCACUGAUUUUGAUAAGCAGAUUGGUGAGUCAGCUGGUCCCGAAUGCAAGGCUGCCUUACAAGAAACUACUCAACUUGUUGAUCAGAGACUUCCAUCAAAUGGAAAAGAACUGAAGACACUGUUUGGCGCAGCUGAGCUUGAGAUUGAUGGUGAUUUCCUCUAUUUUCUGGCGGAUGCAGCUGUUAUAGCGUUCCAAUAUGGAAAUCCAGAUAAGUUAUGCACCCCUCUUGUUGAAGCAAAAAAGGUUGGAGAGGAUUUGGUGGGUGCCUAUGCCAAAUAUGUCAAAGAGUAUUAUGUUGGAAGUUUUGGUGUCAGUGUUGAAACAUAUAAUCAGAAACACUUGAAGAAUACUGCUGUUACUGAAGGUAGUUCUGAUCGACUUUGGUGGUUUCAAGUUUGUACUGAAGUUGCAUAUUUCCAGGUGGCACCCUCAAAUGAUAGCAUUCGCUCUUCAAAAGUUGAUACAAAAUACCACUUAGAUCUUUGCAAGAAUGUCUUUGGAGAGGGAAUCUACCCUGAAGUUGAUGUGACAAAUAUAUACUACGGAGGCACAAAAAUUGCAGGUUCAAAAAUCAUUUUUACAAAUGGCUCACAGGAUCCAUGGCGUCAUGCAUCCAAACAGACAUCGUCCCCAGAUAUGCCUUCCUACAUCAUUACUUGUCAUAAUUGUGGCCAUGGAACUGAUUUGCGAGGAUGUCCCCAAUCACCCCUAAGCAUUGAAGGUAAUGCUCAGAACUGCAGUUCCCCUGAUGCAGUUCACAAAGUCAGGCAACAGAUCAUAGAAAACAUGGACUUGUGGUUGUCUCAAUGCAAGGCCACAGGUAGGAGUUACAUGUAAACAUGUAUGGCUGAGAAUUGAUCACUUUAACCUUGAUCUCAUGUAUGUUACCUUCUCAAAAGAUGUUUAGGUGAUUAUUAUGAAAGGCAAUGCCAGUAUUACUUGUCCUCUUGUACACGUUUAUGUAUGGCAAAAAUGCUUAAAUGUGAGAAUUGAUCACUUUAACCUUGAUCUUAUGUAUGUUGGUGCUCAUGAUGAAAGGCAUUGCCAAUAUUACUCUUCCUCUUGUAUACUCUCAAACCCAAAACUCAAGCGAAUAAUAUCCCUUACUUACAGUCAA